AUUUUAAUGGACAAGCAGAUACGUUUAAAUUAGGAACAGAUCUUGCAAUGCAUUAGAAAUCAUAGAGAUUUAAAUGAAAUCUUAUCAAAAUAAAAAGACCAUAGUUCACAAGAGUUAUUUGAUGAAAUUGAAAAAGUUACCAACAAUAUGUCAAGUGAAAGUAAAGAUAGUUAAGAAAGCAAAUCAAAUAGUGAUACAAUCGAUAGAGCUAUUAAAAUGUUUGCAGGUAAAUUAAAUUAUAAAGUUAAACUCUCUAGAACCUAAAGUGAUACUUUAUAAGAAAGAAAAUAGUUUAGCCUCUGAUCAAAUAAUGGAGUAGAUCUCUCAAGUGUUUAACAACAAAUCUUUUGAUUAGAAAGUGGGCUCCAAUCUUUCAACUGAGAUUUCUAAUGAACCUUGUUUAUAAUUAGGCUCAUCUCGUUAAUCAUUAUUGACUAGUGGUUCAGAAACAGAAAGGAGAAAAAGAAAGACCAUUUCAGAAGAGGAAUCUCAUUAUUUUGUUGUCAAACUAGAAGAUGUCAUUAAUUAUUCAGAUGAAAGAACUACAAUCAUGAUCAAAAACAUACCUAAUAAAUAUACAGUCUAAAUGUUGCAAGAUUUAAUUGACCUUUAACACCAUGAUUCAUAUGAUUUUUUAUAUCUCCCUAUAGAUUUCAAGGUAUGUUUAAACUUAUUUAUUUCAUUUAGAAUAAAUGCAAUAUGGGUUAUGCAUUCAUUAAUUUUAUCCAUCCUCUUUAUAUUGUUUAAUUUUAUAAAAACUUUCAUGAUAAUGGUUGGCCACAUUUUAAUAGUGAAAAAGUAAUUCAUUUUCAUAUCAAAAUUUUUAUUUAGAUAUGUGAAUUAAGAUAUGCCAGAAUACAAGGUAGACAAGCUUUAGUUUAGCAUUUCUAAUUUUCAAGUGUUAUGAAUCAAAAAGUAAAUCUUUUUCAUUUAUAUAUAAGGAUAAAAAAUUAAAACCAGUAAUUGUCCCUUAAAGCGAAUUAUCCAGAAUUCAUUAAUUAAUUUAAGUAAUUCAUUAACAUUAUUUUUAAGCGACAAAAGUAAUGA